GAAGUUCUUUUUGCUAUCACGGUAGUACUUCCUGUCCUUGAGCCGCAGCGGUUUCCCGAGUCUUUUAGCAAGGAAAAUAAAACUGUGACUUUUAGCAGAAUAAAUGUGCGUCUGUUGAGUUUUAUCCGCUUAUUGGAGGCGCAAUGACGUUCAAAGACUUCGCGAAGUGGAAUACCAAAGUGUCCGCAGUGUACGCACUCGGAAUCUGGACCAUGAUCAGCUCCUUCGCCUACUUCAAAUACACGGGACGGUACGACGACACAACGGAGCAAAAGAAGGAGGAGGUUGUGGAGGAGCCUGCAGAUCCAAACACCCACGUCUAUGUCACAGCUCACACCAGAACCACCAUUACCUAUAAGAAGGACUUUGUUCCGUUCACCACUCGGCUCUACAACUUCUAUAAGUCCUUCAGUGAACCCGGAGCGGCAGACAAGUAGCUCUUGAAUGUGGCACGAUCUAAUCUUGGCUCAGAGACACUUUUUGUGUUCAGAUGUUUUUUUGCUGACAUCAUGGAAGGCUGCAUGAAUAGGAGUUUUUAUCCGUCUGACUCUUUAUUCCAAUGUAAGGAUGCCAAACACAAAAUACUGUAAGAACGAGCCUUGCUUCAAACACAAUUAUGAUAUUUUAUUUAUUUCACAGCAAGUUUGUUUUAUUUUUGACUCAAACUUUCUGCAAAAUAAAAAUUAAAACUUUGGAUAUUCAUGUUUUCCUUUUAACAAAUAGGUACUCAUUGUAAGCAGUAGACAAAGCUAAGCAAAUGAAAACAAUGAGUUUAGAUUUUUUUUUGUGUUUUAUCAAGUCCAAAGAGAGAAGUAAUGAAGAUGUUGCUGAACCAGUAGAGAUGCUUCAUUUAUUCUGUUGCAGCCUCAAAAACAACAAAAAGAUGUAACAGAGGUGGAAAAAUGUAAAAAAAAAAAAAA